AUGGUACCCACCGACUUCGUACAUCGGCCAAAAGGCCAAUGGACAGGGAAGUUGCAGCGAUCGACAAGGGACCUCAUCGGUCGUUCAACAGCCAUGUGGGAUAAUUCAAGAGAUCGCUACCAACAAUCGACAACACAAAUAUGGCACAAAUCAGCAGACACAUUAAAUGAUUCGAAGGAUCGGUGUCAUCAGUCAGCCAAAUUUAUGCUAUAUCGAUCGGUGUCAAAAUGGAAUCAAUCAGCAGAUCACUUACACCGAAUCGCUCGCAUUGAAGACACAACACAGCAUGUUCCAGCGCACGAUUGCCAAGCCCAAGACCAAGCGACUCCACAGUCACGAUUUUACUCACGGGCUCUCAACUCGAAAUCAACAAACUCAUCCUCAAAUCCCAAGACCACAUCACUCUCCACAAAAGCGAAACGAAUCAGUUCUGCCUCGGUCACUGGACCUUCACUAUCUCCGGAGGAACAAAUCAGAGGGUUUUACGAAUCAACUGUACUUGUAAAUUCCACAGUGAGGCGGACAAGACAGUUACUGGAUGACAAAAGGACAGUCCUGGGCGAGAUCGAAAUUGAGUGGAUCAAUUCAACCAUCACCGAUGCUGAGAAUGCUGCGAAUGAUUUAGCUUCUUUUGUGAAGCAGUUUGAACAAAUCAGCCCUCAAGACCACAACACUUGGAAGCGUCGUCAUUAUGAAGUUGCUCUGAGACAGGAAUCCCGCAUGCUUCUUUCUCAUGGAAAAGUCGAGAUGAUUCUUAAUCACCUUGGCUCACUACCAACCACUUUGAGCAAUGAUAAAGUAUUUUUCUCUCCAUCUGAGGUUUCGACGGUCGCUUCUUCAAUCUCGGAGCUCCCAUGUGAGACGAGUGUCAUAUCUGUCUUUGAGCUUCCGAGCUUAUCACCUGAACCUAUACCCGAAAUUAUUGUGACACAAUUCGAUGAUGAGCAUGACGAUAAUGACAUGUACUCCCAUACCGAUGAAAGUCCUCCCCCAAGCUACGAAGUAAGUGGGAUGAAUAACACGGCAGGGCCACUGUGA